UGACACAAAAAUAUCAGCUGUCUCAUUUAUCUAUACACUGUUUUGUUUAUCAAAACUACUGAAUAAUGUUUAUAACGUCCAGAUAAUGAAUCACGUUUAAAAUAUGAACUCGUUAUUGAGAACAGUGCAAGGUAAAGAAUUUGAUAAAAAUUACCGUAUAAAGAAGGCCAUAACCACACAACUGUCGGAGGUGGUGAAAGAGAUACAAUUAUGUUCUGUGGAGGAGAAUAUCCUCAGUGAUUCCUUGGAUGUUGAAGAGGCGGCAAAUUCCCUUUGUUGCGUUGUUGAGGCAAUCUUUUUACAUGGAUUAAAAGAUUCCUUGGCUCACAAGUUUAGAAAGGUUAUUGCUGAUGUUGAUGAUAGACCAGACUCUAGCUUUUGGGCUCCACUAUUAGUUAUAUCACAUAGACAAAUUAUAGAUUCUAUUUUAAAAUGUACACAACUUCCAACAGAAGUAGGACAAUGUAGAGCAUGGAUAAGAUUAGCAAUGAACGACUGCUUAUUGUCUUCCUAUUUUAUGACAUUAAGGCAAAAUUCUGGUGUUUUAAAAUCAUAUUAUAAUUCACAUGCUUAUGUGAGAGACAAUGAUUUAUUAGAGGUUGCACAAAAAUUAAUCGAAGGUGUUGAAACAAUAAAACCUUUCAAUCUGCCAUGUUUUUCUAGUAUUUUAAAUAAUUGGCCUCAAAGUACAUUAAUAUUAGCGGGAAUUUGGUCUCCCACUUUAAGAACAUGUCCCGUACAAUCUUGCGUCGAUGUUGCUCAGUCAACAUCGAGCAAUUUAAACUCAGAAACGGCAUCUUUAGGUUCAAUGAUAUCGUUACAUUCGCGAUCAUCGGGAAUUGGGAAUAUGGUAGCUUUUAAUGAAGAUGAAGCGUUUAAAAUUGUUUUAAAUAAACAACUUGGCCAAGAAUCUUCGAAUAAUCAAGAUGCUGAGGUUGAUGUUACUACAAUAGAUAAAAAUAUUAAGAACGAAAAUGACACUAACAAUGAUGAAAAUAAUCAACAGGAAUUAAUAGAAGAUAUUGAAAUUGAAAAUGAAAUAUUUCCCGAACCCGAGAUACCUAAAGCAACAGUCGGGAACUCGUUAUUUCGACAAACAGGUUGGUCAUUUGAUGAAAACGCCCAAGAUAAAACGCCGCCAAAAAAUGUACCAACAACGAGUAGUUUAGAACAUAGUUACAAUGCGUUGAUUGAAAGCUAUAAUAUGUUUGGUGCAGCUUAUAUUAAAACGCCUGAUAUUCGUGGUGUUUGGGAACACUUUGAAAAGAAAGGUUGCACAACUGCUGGGUUAGAAAAAAAUAAAAUCGAUUCAUCUCAAAUGAACACCAUCGAAAGCCCUGGUGAGGAAAAAUUACGAUUAUUACACCAAUUAACUGAGAUGCCCGUCGAACAAGGAUUAGAUUAUCAAAAUUACGAAUGCGCAAGUUGUAAUGUUGCCUUAAGUAUUGGUAAAUUAAAUACAGAUUCAAAUGUUGCUAAUUUAUGUCAUUUCUCAGGAACGUAUUAUUGUAACAAUUGUAUGCAUAUCGAUAUGGUACCUAUUCCAGCCCGUAUGAUUCAUAAUUGGGACCAUCAAGAGUACAGGGUUUCACGUGAUGCUUUUAAUUAUAUUCAAGAAAUUAAAGAUCAUCCUUAUAUUGAUUUAAAGACUAUUAAUCCAUACAUUUAUGGAGUGAUAGAGGAAAUGUCUCGUCUUCAAGUUUUAAGAAACCAAUUAAAUUUUCUCCGCGCAUAUCUUUACACCUGUCGAGAUCCAAUAAUUGAAGAAUUCCAAAAAAUGAUGUGGCCCAGAGAAUACAUGUACGAACACGUUCAUCAAUAUUCAGUAUUGGAUUUACAAGAAAUUCCCGACGGAACCCUAGCCGGUAAAUUACGCGAAGUUGUUGAUUUUGCCAAAAAACACGUCAUGGAAUGCUGGUUGUGUAGCCAUAAAGGAUUUCUUUGCGAAAUUUGCGAUAGUACCAAGGUUUUGUUUCCGUUUGAUGUGGAAAAUGUUUAUAGGUGUGAAGGUUGCAGUGCUGUGUAUCAUAAGGGUUGUUUAGAUGAAAGCAAACCUUGUCCGAAAUGUAAAAGGCAAAGAGAAAGAGCUGAUAUGUCUUUACUUGCUAUGACAGAUGAUUAAUAUUUUAAAUAACUAAUUCUGUUUUUUUUUGUUUGUUUUUUUUAUAAUGAAA